GCCUCCGAAAGACAUUACAGUUCAGUGUUCUCAACGUGUAACACACAGUUCAAAUCUCUUUCUUCUCUUCGAGAAACCAAACCAAACACCAUCAAAAUGUACAAGUUCUUGGCUCUGCCCCUGUUCUUCGCCGCCGUCUCGGCCGGAUACAUCGGAGCUCCCCUGGCCUACAGCGCCCCAGCUUACGGACAUGCCUACGGUGCCCCGGCGUACGGACAUGCCUACGGAGCCGCCUAUGGCCAUGCCGCCAUUGCGCACGCCCCACUGGCCUACCAUGCCCCGGUCGUGAAGGCCGUCGCCCCGCUGGCCUACCACGCCCCGGUCGUCAAGGCCGUCGCCCCAGUUGCCACCUCGUACGCCAACACCUACAAGGUCUCCGUUAAGGCCCCGGUCGCCUAUGCCGCCCCAGUUGCCUACGCCGCCCACGCCCCAGCUGUGGCCUACGCUCACCAUGGCCCAGCCGUCGUUGCCGCCCCGGCCUACCACGCCCCUCUGGGUUAUGCCCACAGCUACCUGCACUAAGCGGUGCUAGGACGACUGCCACCCAAAAACCCAUCACCAUCACACCUCUCUAACACACCACAACAGUCUUCCUCUUUUAAUUUUCUACAACCUAUUUUCCUUGCGCGGAUUUUCCGCUGAGAUUGAACCACCCCCCUCAAACGAAGUCAUCAUCUCAAGAGAGAAUAGCAACCAGAGUGUGUGUGCAUGUGAAAAAUCAGCAGACGCAAAAAAAGCACAGAACAAAACGAGUCUAAUUGUGUACAUAUGAUGAAUAGGUCUUUUUGUAUUUAUUUGUGAAGAAAAAACAGCAAACGCAAAAAAAAGAAACAAUAAAAAGCUCAAGAAUAAGUUCCACUUCUUACGCCGCGUAAAAAGUGCAACUUAUUUUGCAAUUGUAAAACAUAAAAACAA